AUGCCGCCGAAGUUGGACCCGAGCGCGAUCGUCGAUGUGUACGUCCGUGUAACCGGAGGAGAAGUCGGAGCCGCGAGUUCCCUAGCUCCGAAGAUCGGUCCCCUCGGUCUCGCUCCAAAGAAGAUCGGAGAGGACAUCGCCAAGGAGACCGCCAAGGAGUGGAAGGGACUCCGUGUGACCGUCAAGCUCACGGUGCAGAACCGUCAGGCUAAGGUCACGGUGGUUCCGUCGGCGGCCGCGCUCGUCAUCAAGGCGUUGAAGGAGCCGGAGAGGGACAGGAAGAAGGUGAAGAACAUUAAGCACAAUGGAAACAUCUCGUUCGAUGACGUGAUUGAGAUCGCGAGGAUCAUGAGGCCCAGAUCCAUCGCCAAGGAGCUUAGCGGGACCGUGAGGGAGAUUCUCGGGACUUGUGUCUCCGUUGGAUGCACCGUCGAUGGCAAAGAUCCGAAGGAUAUUCAACAGGAGAUCCAAGAAGGUGAGGUCGAGAUUCCUGAGAAUUGA